GCAAAAUCAGAGCCGCCCCUUCUUUUUAGAUCCUUUUUAUUAUAUAGUAGUAAAUUAUUAGUAAAUUAUAUUUUUAAAUAUAUAUAUACAUAUUCAAGCUUUGUUCUCCAUAUAUACUCUUCCUUAAUUAGUCCUUCAUUGCUAAUUCAUUUAAUUAAAGUUCUAUCUCUCUUGAUGGAAGAUUGGGAUCGAUCAAGCACAUCAGAUAAUGCCUCACUGAUCUCAGCUGAUUCGACCCGAGUUGUUGCAUUAGAGACCACCAACGAAGAAACCUUUAAACUUGAAUUUUCAGAGGAUGAAGAAAUGCUAAUUGCUAAAAUGUUCAACUUGGUCGGAGAGAGGUGGUCGUUAAUUGCAGGAAGAAUCCCAGGAAGAAGUGCUAAUGAGAUUGAAAAGUAUUGGAAAUCAAGAUACUCCAAAAGCCAGGGGGGAAAUCUGCUCCAACCAAAAGAUGAAGCUCAAAGCAUUGGAUUGAUAGAGGAAUGUGGACACUCAAAGGAAGAAAUAAAUGGGCAGCCCCAGCAGUAUCUUUUUCCAGAAAAAAGGCCCAUAUCCGUCUUUCAAUCUUCAGAGACUGGGCCUCUAACAACAAUUGGGCCAAACAACAUCUCUAAAGACCAAAAGUUAGUUAACCCAGCCCAAGACCAAACAAACCAAUAACAUAUAGAUACUUUCUCUGUCUCGUUUAAACAACUUUCAUAACGCACGCUAUUAAAGGUGCUAAUUAAUCAAUAUCGAUAGUUUCAAUAA